AUGGGAGACAACGGCCUCCCAACAGUCCACAGGUUCGUGACAGACCACAACGACGAAGGAAAAGCCAUCUUCCACAAAUCCGUGGACGAGGUAUUACCGUUCCAGAAACAAAGCAAAGAGGCACACUUCGGGCUGGGCUACGCGACCAAGGAAUUUCCGGUCGAGCUGAGCGACGACGCCGACGUCAAGAUCUACCAAAACUACCUGGAAAACCUGCCGGGCAUCACGGUCCCCGGCGGCACGGUUCUGCGCGUGGUCGACAUGGCCCCGGGAGCGACGUCGCCGAUGCACCGCACGGUGAGCCUGGACUACGGCGUCGUGCUGGAAGGGACGGUCGAUCUGGUCCUGGACUCGGGCGAGGUGCGCACGAUGAAGAGAGGCGACGUGGCCGUGCAGAGAGGCACGAACCACGCAUGGCGCAACGCCAGUCCGGACUCGUGGGCACGCAUGCUUUAUGUCCUUCAGGAGGCGAAGCCGCUGUAUAUAGCGGGGAAGCUGCUGGACGAGGAUUACGGGGGCAUAGAGAAUGUCAAGCCUUCGCGUCAUUGA